UUUUUCCGUUGAAUUGCAAAACAAAAGUCAGGUUUCAAGAGUGAUUUAGAGGCACAGCUAUUUUAAUUAAGAUUGUUUUUGUAAAAUAUUAUCAAAUAGUUAUCAGGUGAAUCGCAUAAAGGUGUAAUUAUAUGAUAAAUGAAUUUUGUAUUGACGCAAAUCAGCUAAACAGUCAGUCAUUCAACGUGUGCGCUAUUAUAUUAGGAUUCCUUUUGGAGAUUCGUGGGUUGAUGAACACCUCACAGUCGGCGAAAAAUUCGUCGCAAGCACCACCAACACCGGCUCAGUUGAAUUCGACAAUAUUACAAAAGUAUCAAAAUCACCUCAAUCAAUUUCCACCAAUUCAACAUCAGCCACUUAUAAGCAACAAUUCAAAGACAUUCGACGCUGGCAAAGUCAACGCUACUGUUACACAUAUUGAAUUGGAACAUCAGUCAAAUUGCGACAUAACCGCAUUACUCAACAUGUCUUGUCGUGGUCGGGCUGAGGCAUUUGCUCGAAGUCUUCAGUCUCGUUUGAGGACUUUGGGAAGUCAAGAACAAGAAACAGAUGGAACAGAUGCAGUCGAUAGCUCAUCAACUUGGGUAAAUACCAAUACAAACUCAUCAGAAAUCACAGAGAUACAGCCUCGCAUAAGUACACAGUUAAAUGUUGAGACAGCGGAUUCGUAUUUUGAUUUUGACAUAGAAUCGCCUGGCUCUCCAAUUGAUGAGUGUGAAUAUACAAGAUUAAUAGAAACAACAGGUUCAACACCACAAGAGCCUCAAGCUCCUGAGUCCGGAUUUGUGUGUGCAUCGCCAUGUUCAACACUUGAAGGCGAAUCUCGCGGCAGUGCGAGCAGUUCAGAGGUGCAAUUCUUCGAUCCAGAAUCUUCCGAUACCGGCACUGAAUUCUAUGACUGUCCACAAGCUGAUUUUCAAAAAAAUAGACCUCCUCGACGUAUUUAUCAUCAUUUAAGUCACAACAAAAUCGCCAUUCGCCCACCAUCACCAAUUAUCCAAUCGCCAUCCAGUUCCUCAUCAUCGGCAACACCAACGAGUAAAAUGAAUGGACAUGUAAGACUGUUAGAAUCUGGUGAUUCUUCCGAAUCACUUCCUCCAUCUCAAUCCACAAGUUCGAAUCUUAAUUGUGACGAUAGCAAUUCAAUGUCGACAGCAAACUCAAAUUCUAAUUCAACAUUACAGGAUGCAGAUGGUGAAAUGCCUAUGAAUGAAAUUGCAGCAGAGUUAGCGGAAAUACCAUUACAGGAAAAUAGUGAGGAAACGACAGAAACAGAAAUUGUAAAAGAGAUUGUUAAUUUAGAACAAAAUGGAGAAGUGGAAGUAGAAGAUGGAGAGAAUGGUGAUGAGAGAGAUAAAUGUACUUUUCAUAAUUUUGAUGUAUGUAAAACAAUAUUUGUUAAAUACGAAGAAAAUGAAGAUGCAGAGGAAAUUAUUUCACCAACACAAGAGGAGGAAGAGAUAUUUGAUCAAGAAAAAGUUCUUAAUGAGAUAAUUGAGAUAGCAGAAUCAAAACUUUUGGAACCGCCUGAUAUUACUGUGGAAAAAGAAGCAUGUCCUGAGCCUAUAAUUGAAACUACAAAUGAGGUUGAGGAGCCUGAGAGAAAGAGAAAAGAUUCAGAAGAGUCGGAAUAUGAGCGACCACCAAGAGUGAGAAGAUGCUCAUCCUUAAAAACUGGUAAAACACCUCCUGGAACUCCAGGUAGGAAAAAGAUUGUACGUUUUGCUGAUGUCCUCGGCUUAGAUUUGGCUGAUGUAAGAACCUUCCUUGAUGAAGUACCGAAAGUUCCCAAAUCAGCGUAUGAAGACUUGGAUGUAACUUUACCAACACACUCAAUACAAUUGGGUCCGCCAUUAGAUAAAAUUUUAGUGCCACUCUUUCAACAGCCUGGCUGUUUACCAAACUUUCUUGAUCGAUUACGUGAUGGACAAGUAUGUCUCGAAAGUGCGGCUGUUACAGAUCCAAUCAAUCUUACAAUAACGGGAUGCGUACGUGUAAGGAAUUUAGAUUUUCAUAAAAGUGUCCACCUACGCUAUUCGUUAGACAGUUGGAGAACUUAUUCAGAUUUGACAGCGAGCUAUGUAGAGAAUUCAUGCGAUGGCUUCAGCGAUAAAUUCAGUUUUAUAUUAUUUGGUAAUUCAAUGCAAGUUGGACAACGUGUUGAAAUGGCAGUUAGAUUUCAAUGCAAGGGCGAACAAUAUUGGGAUAGUAAUUAUGGCACAAAUUAUUCCUUCCAAUGCUUGCCAUGUAACACACACAAAUCUAGUCCUAUUUUGGACAACAGCAAUGGUAGCUUAUCAUCAGAUGAAAAUACUUCAUCUGUUUCAAGCAACGAGCCUGGAUCAUCGACUGGCGAAAAUGCAGAAACUCUUGUCGAUCCACUUGGGCAUCGUCAAUGGAGCAACACAUUUUUGUAUUAAUCACAUACUGUUCGUUCAUCAAAAUAAUUUAUUUAUUGAUUAAUGAAAUGUUAUCGUCAUGUUAUAAUAUUGGGUGGAAGUGCUAAUUUCCGACGCAUUUUCACCUAAUACAUUUGUUUUAUAUAUGCAUCAAGUAGCACGAGAUUGUGAAAAGUGUUCCUGUGCAGUCAUUUUUCUGUUAAAGUAGAUUAGCAAUCGAAAGACGUUAUCUUUAACUUUAUCGUUAAAUUGCAGUCGUAAAGUUAAACGAUAAAACCCAUUUAUGGCACCUCCAAAAUAUAAAUCUACCUUUAACGCCAAAUAUCUGCCAGGUGCAAGCUAAUAAUUUUGUGUCGCUCGUGUAGACAAUAUACAAUGUUAAAGCGUUUUUAUUUAUUGAUACUUCUAUAGCUGAGUCUCUCUCUCAUCCUUUCAAUUAUUGUUAUUUUUAAAUGAAAAUAUUUUAAAGAAACAAAUGAUUAAUCAUCGAUUAUUUUUAGUAUAAUUCUUUUUGUUAUUUAAAUGAAACUUAGUUAUAAUGAAUGCAGAGAGUGCUUUAUGUGAAAAGAAAACACUUAAAAGUAUGUGAUGAAUGCUUAUCUUCAUUUUUAUCAGAAUCAAAUAAAUAUGAGAUGAUCGAGCUUUCUAAUUGCAUAAUAUGAAGGAAAAAAAAAUAAAAUAAAAAAAUGGUUCUUUAGUUCCUACACGAUUAUACAAAAAUAAUGCCAAAAAUCUUCUGUUCAGUUCAAAAAUAAAUAAAAAAAAAAAGAUUCAAAAACGUUCAUUAAUUUUAAUAACUGUUAUACACAUUUUGAUGCCAUACAUCUCUCCAUAUUUUCAAUUUCUAUAUUUGCUGUAAGAUCAGCCGGGAUGAUAUUCAGAAGAUUUUCGAUGGAGAUUUAAUAUUCUUGUAUGGACAGGAGAUUUUUUUUUUCUCAGAAAAUCCAAGCAAAUUUUCUUUUGAUACACCCUUAAUUAUGGAC